AAGCUCAUGGGAAUUACUCGGGAUAAGUUAUAGGAGUAAUGGCUUGGUAGGCAUGGAUGGGUGAAUGUUGCUCGUCUGGCGAAGCAAGGCAUUUGCACCAGCGAAGCUUGGCGUUGGCGAUGCUGCUUGACUUCCUUAGAAAGGGCUGGGUGGGUGGCUGCACAAGUUCUAUGGCUUUGGAAACUGUUGCAAAAGAUUACUGUUUGCUUGCAGAAUCUUCCAAAAAUCUCGUGCAGAGCUUGGGGAACCUACCAAAUCCUAUGAAAGGUAGUGCUGUGGAGCACAUUAGCAAGUUCCUUGAUGCUAUGGGGGCUCACACCGGUGAUAGAGAUUUGUGUCUACGUGAGUUUUCAAAAUCUCUCUUUGACAAAUCUUAUACAUGGUACACCAUUCUGCUUCCCGACUCUGUCCGUUCUUGGGACAAGAUGGUGGAGCAAUUUUGUCAAAAAUAUUUUCAAAGUGAAGAGCGCAUCACCAUCCUUGAUCUCCACAAGACUCGCCAAUGCACGGGUGAGGAUUUAAUGAUCUACGUGAAGAGAUUUAGGGAUUUGGCACUUGAUUGCUAUGAUGGCCAUGCUGAGUCUUUUUUGGUGGAAAUUUGCAUUUACAACAUGUUUUUGGAAUAUCGCACUGUCCUUGAAAACAUCAAGAUCAAUCAGUUUGCAAGGCUACUCGAUGCUGUAAGGAGAACAACUAUUUUUGUCAAAGCCAUCUUGAGUGGGAAAUCUACAAUGAAGUCGACAGAAAAGAAAACCACCACUCAUACCUUGGUUGUCUCUAUUAAGGGCCAAGGACAAGGACAGAAAAGGAGAGAUCGUGACAUGGCAUCGCCACCACCUAUUCCUCUCACUGUCGAAGAGCUUGAUGUGCUCAUAGAUAAGUGGAUCGCUGAUGAUGCCAUCACACUACCUCAGGCGCAUCGUGAGCCUAGCGAUGAUGACAAGUGCAACCCCAAGUACUGUCGCUACCAUCGCAUUCGAACUCCAAAGUUCAAGAUGUUAUUUGAUCAGCUUGGUUUCAUUACUGAGGCACGACAAAGAGCCAUAGAGGCCAUACUCUUCAUCACCAAUGAGACUAGAGGAGAAUGGCUUGAUGCUGAAACUGAGACCCACUUCGCUGAAGCUGCGUUUUAUGAUGAGUUCACCCUUUCUGACAAAGCAAUAGUAUCUCGCCCAGGUGGCAUUAGCUUGCCAACAUGGAACGACAUCAAAGAUAAUCUUGAUCUUGAUCUACGAAGUGUCCUAGAACAUAAGAGGCAGAAGAAUGAGAGAGAUACUUUGAUUGAUAAACGAGAUCUCUCUAAUGAAGCAAAAUGCAUCACUCUUGAGGCUAUAAAUAAAAUACUUGCUGAGCAUCUAGAUUUUUCUAACGAAGCUGAUCAUCUAAUACCGCUAGACAAGCUGCCAACCCUUCAUGAAGCUCAACCAACACUCACUUCUCUAGAGUCCUUUGAAGUUGUUGAUCUUGGAGAUGAUCUAGCGAACCCCAGCCAUGUACAUAUUAGCACCACUCUUUCUACGGAUGAAAGAGCCAAGGUGGUGUUGAUGGAUGUUUUUGUAAAAGGUCAAACUUGGACUCAAGUAGUUUCCACGUCACCAAGACCCGCCUUGAUCUAAGCACCCAUUAAUGUCUUCAACGUGCAACACAUGACUAGGCCCAGCAAUAUCUGAUGUUACAGUGUAUGGCUGCAUCAUCGUAAAUGCAAAAGAAGUUCCAACGAUGUCUAAUGCUGCAAUACAUUGCUGCAUCGCCAAAAAUAUAUAAGGAGGUCUCUUUCCUUUAUUAUUUCCUUAUCUACUAAAUUUCAUCAUUUUCA